GCAUAAGAUUCCCCACAGGAAAGGUCCUCUUAAAUAGCCGCGACACGCCACCCACCACCAAACCCUACCCCGCGACUUCCCUCCGGUUGCUUCCGCCGAGCGACUUCCAAUCCAGUCUCCCCUCGAUUCCGCCGGCCCGAUCGCCUCGAUCAAUCUCGUCCCCGGCUGCGCCCUCCCGUCGGUUGGAGAUGGCCAAGACUUGCUUCAAGACCGAGCACCCCCUGGAAAGGAGGCAAGCUGAAUCUGCUAGGAUCCGUGAGAAGUAUGCUGACAGAAUUCCGGUGAUCGUUGAGAAGGCUGAUAAGUCUGAUGUCCCGGAAAUUGAUAAGAAGAAGUAUCUUGUCCCGGCCGACCUCACUGUUGGCCAGUUUGUCUACGUGGUGCGGAAGAGGAUCAAGCUGAGCCCAGAAAAGGCCAUCUUCGUCUUUGUGAAUAGCACCUUGCCACCGACUGCUUCGUUGAUGUCAGCCAUCUAUGAAGAAAACAAGGACGUGGACGGCUUCCUGUACAUGACUUACAGUGGCGAGAACACUUUCGGCUCUGCCUAAUCCAUGUGCACUGCCACUGUAAAUAAAUGGAUGUUCAGGUUGCGACGUCUGUGUAUAUACUAUCACUAGUAUGCUGGUGGAUUGCUCUCAUGGUUUAAUGCUUUUAAGUGUGGUAUUUUAUCAUCUGAAUGUUAGAACGGCCUGUAAAACUCUAUAUUACGGUCGAAGAUUCAUCAAUUCUCGUCUGGUUUA